AUGUCCACCGACCAAGACAUCAAGCGGAUCGCCACAUUCAUGCUUGGAUGGAUGGUCUACCUUGGCCGGGGCACAUUACAGGACAAGGGUGUGGGAUUUGAGAUCAUCCGAGAGAACAAGACGAAAGAGUUCAGUGUCGGGGAAGACGAGUGUACCCUUGAAAGCACACUCUCACAUCCACCCACGAACCCAAAUGAAUUCCUCUUCAACCUCUGCCAAUUGGGAGCGGACCGAGAGUGGCUAUGCAAGCACCUCUUGGCCAUAUGCUACGCCAACGGACUCGGAACCAACAAGAAUCAAUUCCACGCAGCACAGAUCUUUGAGGAACUGGCAGAUGAAGGAUACGACGACAGCCAGUUCUUACGAAGCUGGAUCCGCAUACCGCGGCUUGGGUCGAAUGAACAUUCGAAGGAAUUUGAAAAAUCAUUCGAGUAUACGCUCAAGUCCGCCGACAAGGGUUCCGAUUUGGCCAUCAACAGACUCAAGACACUCGGCAGUAAGCCACCAACCUUCCCCAACACCAAGACCAUCCUCCCUCGAUCCGACACGACCCACGGCCAGAUCAGAUCAGAUCUCCUCGGCCAAUAA